AUGUCACACUUCAAGGUCAUCGAGCAUCAGGCUCGAUGCCAGAAUAUACGCGAACGCCCUGGGGCGGUUGAGCCCCGACAUGAGCACCAGUUAAGACUCGCUGUCAAGCAAUACAUUCCGAAGGAUAACCUCAAUCCUAAAGAAGGGGAUGUGACGCUCAUAGGGGCGCAUGGAAAUGGUUUCCCGAAGGAGCUCUACGAGCCCUUGUGGGAUGGGAUAUAUGAGAAAUUACGCGCCGCCAAUCGACGGAUCCGAUCCAUCUGGAUUGCCGAUAUGGUUCAUCAGGGCCAAAGUGGUGUUCUGAAUGAGUCCAUCUUAGGGGACGAUCCGAGCUGGUUGGACCAUGGUCGCGAUCUUUUCUCGCUGGUGAAUCAAUACCAGGAUGAAAUGCCCCAUCCCAUCAUUGGCAUUGGGCAUAGCAUGGGUGGAAUGCAGCUAGCCCACCUUUCUCUGAUGCAUCCAUCCCUAUUCCAAGCCUUGGUUUUAGUCGACCCGGUAAUCCAAACGGGGAACCCAAGCAAGACGCUCGCGCUUCCCACAACAUACCGACGAGACUGGUGGCCAUCACGACAAGAAGCCCUUCAGAAAUUCCAAUCCAGCUCUUUCUACCAAGCAUGGGACCCACGGGUCCUGGAGAAAUGGGUUGAGUACGGACUGCGAGACACCCCGACCGAGCUGUAUCCUCAGGCCAGCGAGAACGGCCAGCAACCCGUGACUCUAACCACGACCAAAGCCCAAGAAUUGUUCACAUUCCUGCGCUCCGCUUAUGUAGAUAAGCGGUCUGGGCUUCCUCGCGGGACCCCGCAGGGCGAGGUGCACCCGAGUGAAAUUGACGAUUUCCCGUUCUAUCGGCCUGAACCGGCGCAUAUAUUCCGUCAUAUUCCCGAGCUGAAUCCAAGUAUUCUCUACGUUUUUGGCGAGAACUCGCCAUUCUCCACGCCGGCUGCACGGCAGGAGAAGAUACAAGCGACUGGUACUGGUCUUGGUGGUAAUGGUGGCGUUUCACAGGGGCGCGUGAAGGAAGCUGUCCUUCCCUGUGGCCACCUCGUUCCCAUGGAAAAUGUGUCUGGAUGCGCCGCCGCCAGUGCCAGCUUCAUUGAAGACGAGCUGACCAACUGGGAAGCACGGAUGAGAAAAUUGAGGGGGGCCUGGAAAGGAGUACCUCGUCAAGAACGAAUCAGCAUUGAUGAUCAAUGGAGAGCGCAUAUUGGAGAGCUUCCGAGGAGACAAAGAUUAUAG